AGCCCCAAUUCCUACUUCAUGGAUGUGAAAUGCCCAGGAUGCUAUAAAAUCACCACAGUCUUUAGCCAUGCACAAACAGUAGUUUUGUGUGUUGGCUGCUCCACUGUCCUCUGCCAGCCUACAGGAGGAAACGCAAGGCUUACAGAAGGAUGUUCCUUUAGGAGGAAGCAGCACUAAAGGCACUCUGAAUCAAGAUGAGUGGGAAACCAUCUCAAUAAACACAUUUUGGAU